GCUUGGAAACAUCAGUUUGCGUGUAAUUAUUCACAGUGAGUGAUUCACACACUGAAAUAAAUGAACAUUUCCUUAAUGUCCUAAAAUAUUUAAUAAAACUGUAUGUUGAGAGGAGGCUCAAAGCGGAAAAUUCAAAGGGGAACUAAAAAUCGUUUACAGUUUCCUCGGUACAGCCAAAGUGAAACACACGGAAAGCUACAGCGCACACAAUGUAGCAUUAGCUCCUCAACAAGUUUGGUGUUUUAGGUAAAUAUUCCCGUGUUUGCAAUAAAAAUGCCUUCAGUUCCGCCUCAGAGAGAGUUUAUAAACGAGCAGGAAACUCCUGUUGAAGAAACAUUGACAGAGUUGAAAGAAAUCAACGUUAAAAUCGAGGAAGAGAUGGACGAUCAGACAGAAAUCAACGUUAAGUCCGAGGAAGAGAUGGACGAUCAGACAGAAAUCAACGUUAAAUCCGAGGAAGAGAUUAACAAUCAGACAGAAAUCAAUGUUAAGUCCGAGGAAGAGAUGGACGAUCAGACAGAAAUCAACGUUAAGUCCGAGGAAGAGAUGGACGAUCAGCUCAGACUGCAGGAUUUCAGCCCAAUACCGAAGAUCAUCUUACUCCGGAAAGGGCCUUUGGCACCUGCCGCUGCACCCAAGCGCAAGAGGAAGAUGCUAACCAUCGCUCAAAAGGUUGAACUCCUGGACAUGCUAAAGGAAGGGAAAAGCUAUGCAGCUGUAGGGCGGCACUUCGAGAUAAAUGAGUCUUCCGUUCGGUCCAUAAAGAAGGAGGAAAAAAAUAUAAGGACAACAGCAGCAGUAAGCUUUAACCAGAAUGCGAAGAGGGUGGUAACCGUCCGCAAUAAGACCAUUGUGAGGAUGGAGUCUGUAUUAGCCUUGUGGAUCAACGACUGCAGGAAAAAGAACAUCACACUGGAUACGAACACCAUCCGCACAAAGGCAAAAAAACUUUAUGAAACUUUUGCUGAAAACAAUGACGUUCCAGACAAUGAGGAGGACGAUGAUGCAGAGCCGGGACCAUCCAGCGCUUCUCCCACAGGACCAACCCCAUUUAAUGCCAGCAAGGGCUGGUUUGACAAAUUUCAGAAGCGCUUUGGACUUAAGAGUGUCUCUAUGCAUGGAGAAGCUGCCUCUGCCGAUACAGAUGGAGCUGAGGAGUUUGUGAACAAAAAAUUUAAAGCCAUCAUCGAGGAAGGGGGUUACAAACCUGAACAGGUUUUUAAUAUGAAUGAAACUGGACUGUUUUGGAAGGGAAUCCCUUCUCGCACCUUCAUAAUGAAGGACGAAGCUAAAGCCCCUGGGUUUAAGGCCCAAAAAGACCAUGUGACCGUGAUAAUGUGUGGAAAUGCCGCAGGAUUUAUGAUAAAACCAGGGCUCAUUUAUAAGUCAAAAAACCCAAGAGCCCUAAAACACAAAAACAAAAAUACGUUGCCUGUGUACUGGAUGCACAGGCCUGCCAAGGCCUGGAUGACAAAAGUGCUCACCUCGGACUGGUUCCAGCGCUGUUUUAUCCCGGAGGUGAAGUGUUAUCUGAGACAGAAAGACCUUGACUUUAAAGUGCUUCUGCUCAUGGACAAGGCAGGAGGCCAUGAUGCUGAUUUGUCGUACGAUGGCGUGCAAAUAGAAUAUCUGCCUCCAAACACCACAUCACUGAUUCAGCCUAUGGAUCAAGGGAUCAUCUGCGCUUUCAAAGCUCUCUACACCCGGAAUGCGCUGCAACAUCUGGUUGAAGCUGUGGACUCGGUCCAAGACUUCUCACUUAAGGCUUACAGGCGUGAAUACACCAUUGCAUCAUGUCUCCUAAAUAUUGAGAGGGCCAUUCAGGAGAUGAAGAGUGAAAAUUUGAAUGCCUGCUGGAAAAAACUGUGGCCAGAAGUGGUCCACAAUAAAGGAUGCUCUCCUUUUGAUCUCCAUCACUCUGCGGUAGAUAGAGCCGUGCAGCUGGCAAAGCAGCUCGAAGGAGAUGGCUUCACUGAUAUGACUCCUGAUUACAUAAAUUCCUUGAUUGAAGCCCCCUCACAACUGUUAACAGAUGAAGACCUGACAGAAAUGACAAAACCCACAAGUGAAGAAGAGGAGGAAGACGACACAAGAGUUGAAGAAAAGGAGGAGGUCGGACUAACACUUGAUCGCCUGGCAACCAUGGUCAAGAUGGCUAAUGAACUUCAGCGAGUUGCACAAAAGUGGGACCCCGUGAUGUACCGCUCUUUAAAGUUCUCUAAUAUCAUCGAAAGUGGCAUGUCGGUGUAUAAGAACAUCCUCGCCCAGAAAAAAAAGGAGCAACAGCAACUCCCAAUAACCAUGUUCCUCACUCGAAAACCAACACCCAGGCCUGCGGAAAGCAACGUUACUGAUGAGGGUGGGGAUGCAGCGCCAUUAGAGCAGCUGUAAUAUAUUUUACCGGAUCUCUCACAACAUUGUGUGUGUAAAGAGGAGAAGGUUCUCAAUGAAACAGAACAACAAAGGAACCAACUCAUCUCUCAUGG